UGUUGCGAAACCUUCCACUAAUCAUCAGAAAAAAAAAAUAAUAAAUAAAAAUCUGAUCUUUUCAUAAAAGAAAAAACAAAACCGCCAAUUUUAAAUAUCAAACAGAAACAAAAACAUUCCACAAAAUCUCUCUCUGAACUUUCUCUCUCUAACAAACGUCUCUUUGAAUCUAAGUUUCUAAUUUGUUGUUAAUUUCAGUCUCUCGCCCUCUCAUCCCAGUUGUUAGCUUUCAUGGGUUGUUGCGGACACAUGGAUUUACCCUUAAGCUUCAUUUAAUUUUUUAAUUUGUUGUUGUUAUUUUAAUCUUUUUGCUCAAUCUUUCGUUAUUUCAAUUACAAUAAAUCCGCCAUUGUAAUCUUGCCUUCUGUAUCUAUUCUCUCUCUCUUGCUUGAUAAACCCACAUCUCAAACUAAAUAGUUUUUUUUCCCUUUUUCCUCCUCUGCAUCUCUCUCUCUUUUUUCUUUUUCUGUUUUUUUUUUUUUUUUUGGAUUUCUUACUGAUUGUUGGUUUAAUGGGUUCAUUGGUUUUUGAAGUUCUUCUGUAAACCCUACUUGUGUUCCUAAGAGAUUGUAGUUACUUGUAGUGAAAAUGAGACAAUUCAGUCAAUUUCAACUUAUAUGGGUUUGUUUGGGACUCUUUCUUGUGGCUUGUAAUGCUUUUGCAUCAAAUGAAGUGCAUGCUCUUACUUCCUUUAAGGAAACUAUACUAGAGGACCCACUUCUGGUUUUAUCAAAUUGGAAUACCCUAGAUGCAGAUCCUUGUGACUGGUCUGGCAUUUCCUGUUCUCCGUCUCAGGAUUAUGUCGUGAAGCUAAAUAUUUCUUGGUCAUCUUUAAAGGGUUUUCUUGCACCAGAACUGAGUCUGCUCUCUUCCUUACAAGAACUAAUUUUGCGUGGGAACGGUCUGAUUGGUACAAUACCAAAAGAGAUUGGCCAGUUGAAAUCCCUCAAGGUUUUGGAUUUGGGGGUGAAUCAGCUAUCUGGUUCUAUUCCUCCUCAGCUUGGGAAUUUAACCAAAAUUCUGAAAAUAAGCCUUAAAUGCAAUGUGUUGACUGGGAACCUGCCACCCGAGCUUGGCAAUUUAAAGUACCUUGAGGAACUUCAACUGGAUGGGAAUAAACUUCAAGGAACUUUUCCUGGGAGUAACAUUUUAAAUUUUACAGCCAACACACACCAGAUGUAUGCCUCAAGUGGGCAGACUAUUGGUGGUUUUUGUCGCUUGUCUCAGUUAAAAUUUGCAAAUUUCUCAAACAACUUCUUGGUUGGGAGCAUACCCAAGUGCUUGGAGUAUCUUUCAAGGUCAAGCUUUGAAGGGAACUGCCUUCAAGACAAAGAUAGCAAACAGAGUCCCCCUGCACAUUGUAGUAUGCAUGAUGGUGCUUCACCUCCCAAAAGUAUUCCAAAAGUCAACCCAAAACAACAGGGAUCUAAGCAUCAGACAGCUUCAAAACCUGCCUGGCUUUUAGCUUUGGAAAUCAUGACAGGAAGCAUGGUGGGUUUUCUCUUCCUUGUUGUUCUCUUCACUGUUCUUCAGAAAUGGAAGAGCAAAUCUUCUAUCCCAUGGAAGAAAUCAGCAAGUGAGAAGGACCAUAUGACAAUAUCCAUAGAUUCUGAGUUGUUGAAGGAUUUACUGAGAUUCGGCAGAGAAGAACUAGAAGUAGCCUGUGAAGAUUUCAGUAACAUCAUUGGGUCCUCUCCAGACAGUAUAGUUUACAAAGGCACCAUGAAAGGUGGGCCUGAGAUUGCUGUCAUAUCCCUUUGCAUAAAGGAAGAACAUUGGACUGGCUUCCUUGAGCUCUAUUUUCAGAGAGAGGUGGCAGAUUUGGCAAGAUUAGAUCAUGAGAAUACAGGAAAAUUACUGGGUUAUUGCAGAGAGAGCAACCCCUUUACAAGGAUGCUGGUUUUCGAAUAUGCAUCAAAUGGGACACUGUAUGAGCACCUCCAAUAUGGAGAUGGAUGCCACUUAUCUUGGACACGACGAAUGAAAAUCGCUAUAGGCAUUGCUCGUGGACUAAGAUAUCUUCACACAGAACUUGAACCACCAUUUACUAUAUCUGAGUUGAAUUCUAGUGCUGUGUAUCUUACUGACGAUUUUUCUCCCAAGCUGGUUGAUUUUGAAAGCUGGAAGACUAUUCUAUCAAGAUCAGAAAAGAACUCAGGCUUCGUAAGCAACGAGGGUCCUAUUUGUGUUCUUCCAAAUUCUAUGGAGAAACGUUGUCUGGAUGUCCGAGGCAACAUUUAUGCAUUCGGUGUACUUCUCCUGGAAAUAAUUAGUGGGAGACCUCCAUACUGCAAGGACAAAGGGUGCUUAGUAGAUUGGGCUAAAGAUUUUCUCGAACUGCCAGAAGUAAUUUCUUACGUGGUGGAUCCCGAGUUGAAAUAUUUCAGAUACGAAGACCUGAAAGUGAUAUGUGAGGUGGUGACUCUGUGCUUUCAUCAAAACUCCAACAACCGGUCAUCUAUGCAGGAAUUAUGCACAAUGUUGGAGAACGGAAUUGACACAGAUGUAUCUGCGGAGCUUAAGGCAUCUUCUUUGGCCUGGGCUGAGCUUGCACUCUCAUCGUAAUUGAAUCGAAGCUAACAUACUGUAAAUGAGAAAAUAUACAACUGCUCUGAAGCUAUUAGUUAGUGAAUGAAGAUCAUGUUGUGCAGUGUUCGUUCCCAUUCAUUGCCCUGGCUUUUGUUUCCAAAGUUUUUCGACUUUGGUGGAAUUCAGAAUAUAAGUUGCGAGUUAACAAUCUAA